GAGAAUAAAGGUAAUGAUUAAUCUAUCAGGCACAAAAAGGCUCGUUUUGGGGAUUUCAGGUUCUAACUUGAGAAUUCCAACAAAUAUCAGCGGACAGAGAAUGAUAGUUCCACCAGAAGAGGAUUAAGUCACAGCCUAUAAUUGGGACAGCACUUAUACAGUCCAAGAAUCUCACCAGACAUCUCCAGGAAUCCCGUGAGCAGUUGUCAAAACUUCCAUUUUCAUGUCCGUGUGAAGGUGGGGACCAGAACAGGCAGGUGCUAGUGGAAACAGUAGUCCUCCAAGCAGCCCCAAGAUGCAGCCGGAGAAGGGAGAGAAGGGGAAAAGCUUCAAGCAGAGACUGGCCUUAAAGAGCAGCUUAAUGAAAGAAAUACUUGCCGAGUUCUUGGGCACAUUCAUCAUGAUCGUCCUCGGAUGUGGCUCUGUUGCCCAAGCCAUCCUUAGUCGAGGUGUUUUUGGAGGAAUUGUCACUAUCAAUAUUGGAUUUGCAAUGGCAGUUGUAAUGGCCAUUUAUGUGACUGCAGGUAUCUCUGGAGGCCACAUCAAUCCCGCCGUGUCUUUUGCGAUGUGUCUCUUUGGAAGGAUGAAAUGGUUCAAAUUCCCAUUUUAUGUGGGAAGUCAGUUCUUGGGAGCCUUUGUGGGGGCUGCGACCCUCUUUGGCAUUUACUAUGAUGGAAUUAUGUCCUUUGCUGGAGGAAAAUUGCUCAUCACAGGAGAAAAUGCAACAGCGCACAUUUUCGCAACAUACCCAGCUCCAUAUCUAUCUCUGGUGAAUGCAUUUGCAGACCAAGUACUGGCCACCACCUUCCUCCUCAUAGUCGUCUUUGCCAUUUUUGACUCCAGAAACGUGGGGGUCCCCCAAAGCCUACAGCCUAUUGUCAUUGGCCUCCUGAUUGUUGUCAUUGCUUCCUCUUUGGGACUGAACAGUGGCUGUGCCAUGAACCCAGCUCGAGACCUGAGUCCCAGACUUUUCACAGCCUUAGCAGGAUGGGGGUUUGAGGUUUUCACAGCGGGAAAUAACUUCUGGUGGAUUCCUGUAGUGGGUCCUUUGGUGGGUGCUGCUAUUGGAGGCUUCAUCUAUGUUCUUCUCAUUGAAAUCCACCAUCCAGACCCUGAACCAGAAUUCAAGGCAGAACAAUCUGAGGACAAACCAGAGAAAUAUGAACUCAGUGUUAUCAUGUAGUGGCACGCUCAGUUCUGGAAGCGUAAUUGGUUUGAUAGUUUCUUCAGAAGGCAUGCCAUCCAAGUUUCUGUGUUUUUGUAAGAAUGAGGUGGAAUCCACCCAAUAUUCUCUGCUAGCCACAUGAGAAGUGAAGGUUUGGAAAUACUGACCUCGUCUCUACAAGUUUCCCCCAGAAUUGUACUGAUUGUCCCCUGAAACAACUUUCUGUCUUGCCCUAUUUAUUUCAUGCUUGAUAAGAAUUCUUCUUACUAUGUGAUCACUAAUAACUUGGAACCUUGACCAUGGCUGUAUUUGGAUGGUCUCAGGUGCAUUAUCUACUGUAUGAAAGUGUCACUGAAAGCCUCUUCUUCAGUGUCUACAAAGAUUACCUUCUGAGUAUCAACCAAAAUCUAAAUUGAAAUGAUGGUUUCAGUCAACAAAUCCAUGAAUUAGGGAGCUAACAGGUUAAGUCUCUAGUUAUGUUGUGCUACUGUAUUUGUAUAAAUACUUAUAUUUUCCAAACCUAGAAUUGUAGGAAGCAACAGAUCGCAGCUGAAAAGCACAAAGGAAGGACACUGUGGCAUCCAGAAACCUCAGGAGACAAAGAUAAAUUUGGGAAACCAAAUGGAAUUUUUUAAUGGAAACCAUUUACCAGAUUAAUCUCUUGCUCUUCUGUAUUUUAGAGGGCACCAAUUAAUUUCCUGAUCUUUAGUAUAUAAUAACCUAAAAUACAAUUGUAACCCCCAGUCAUGAAAAAUAUAUCACUCUGUCUUUUCAGCUCAAAUUUAUUUUCUUAAUUGCCCACUUGAGAGCAGACAUUUGACAAGUUAUGUCAAUGGCUUCACUCAUCCAUUACUCUACACAUGGCCUAGAUACCAAAACUGAAAGCCAUUGCAUCCUGGUCUAGCAGAAUCUUUACAGUGGAAGGUCUCUGGAAGGAUAAUAUUACCUUUGGGGGCUAUACAAUUCACAAAGCACUUUCAUACAUAUUAUCUAAUUUAAUCUUUACAGUGACUGCCUAGAGUGAAUACCUUACUAUCUGUCUUAUAGACAAAGAAACAAAAUCUCAGGGAAGUUGAGAUUCCCAAGAUCAAAUGGGAAGUUGAACAUUGUAUGAUGCCUCCCUCUGCCUUUCAAAGAUCAAUAACUGGCUAAGAAUCUUGCCAACCUUUUCUGGCUCUCCAGAAGAAGUGGCAUUGGCAACUUCCAGAACAUAUAUUCUUUCUGGAUAUAAUGCUCCUGGAUCUUAAGAGAAGACUCUCAUUGUCUGGGUUUAUUCCCUGCUGCUACUGAGGCACUAAUGAAGGAAAGAGGUAACAUCUGAUCAUAGCUUUCAUUUGCUAAAAAGCAUUGUCAGAAAACCUUCCUUCCUAAGCCACCCUUGGUCUUGCUAAGUCUUAAUGUUCCUUCCCAGUCAAUCCCAAACAUUCCAUUCCUAAGAAGGGAAUUUCUUCUUCCUUAGUCUCUUCCUUGUGAAGUUCUUUAAUUGAGUUACUUUUGACAAAAGGGCCUUCUGAAUCACAAGCGAAGCACCAUGGGAACUUCUUUAUAUCUAGGCAUGAACCAUCAGUCAAAUGUUAAAAAGCCCAGCAUUCCCAAAGGCAUCAAUCCAGUUCCCAACUGCUGUGUAAUCACAAUGAAACAACAAAACACAAAUGUGAAAUGUUUCUAAUGGCCCGUAUUUUACAAUCUACAGAUAUAUGGCAUUAUUUUCUUGCUCUGAAGCUACCUAGAUAUUUCUUAUUUGAAAUAAAAUUGUUGAGUCAUUCUU